AUGGCCAAUCUAGGCUGGCCGUCGAUUCCUGCAACCAUCCCCGGGGAGAUUUGCAGCGGGCUUCUUCGGCAUCUCGCCGCACCUCGCCGCAUCAAAUCAACUGGACCGAAGCAUAUUGAGCUGGCCAAUCCAGACGUGUCGAUGUUUCUUCCGGCAUUUGAUCAUCUUGUUUGCGGAGUAUUGCAGGAAGACAUUUCGUGGAUGCAACGCCACUACCGGAACUUGUAA